AUGGAGGAAGAAAUUCAUGUGCAAGUGGAAGACAACUCGCCCUCUAUAGAACACAGUUUACGUCUGAUAUCGUAUACUUCCUGGCUUCUCGGUGUUGGCAUUGCACGUCCGCGAAAGUGUCCCAAGGCCAUCACAAUAACGCUACGAAUUGUUCACCUGGCUGUGUGUUCCGUUAUCGUAGCGUAUGGCGCAAUAGAUUUCUUCACCUUCGGUAGUGUCUUCAAAAGUGACAUAUUCAAGAUCAUGUACUACAUGAACAAGGUGAUGUGCUAUGUAUCGACAUACUACUACGUUUAUCAUGGGAUCAGACAAUACGACAAGUGGCCGGAGUUGAUGGACAGAAUAAAGGAGAUAGAUCAGAAGAUCAGAAAGGAAAUCCCCAUGAAUGAUCGGUCUAUAAAAAAUGUAGAAACGCUAGCUAUUCUCAUGAUAUUCGCUUGUGGCCCUUUGUCCCUCAUCGUGCACGCCCUGUAUUACUACUUUACACGUCCUGAAAACAUUUUUGCGUCCGACUUGCUACUUUAUUAUACGAUAGCCCAGUCAUUGAUCAACAGUUUUGUCUUUGAUGUUGUCGUCUAUGUUUUGUAUCGUAGAUUUCAAACGAUAAAUGAAUUGAUCGACCAACUGGAUCAGCUAUUCGGUGCACUGUGGAUCGCGCUCAAGAUUAGACGCAUCAGAGAAUUGCAUACCGGUAUCUGUGAUCUCGUUAUCAUGGUGAACGAUAUUCAUGGCUUUCAUCUCCUUCUCUGUUCGGCGAACUGCUUCACUAUGGUUGUGGCUACUCUAUUUAGGAUCUACAUGGGUGUCGUGGAAAAGAAUUAUGCGUUCAUGGUGAUAAAUAAUAUUCUUUGGAUUCUGUAUGCCACGCAGUUCGGGCUGAUGUGCUGGAUUUGCACGCUCGCGCGUAAAGAAUCUGAUAAGAUUGGGAUAAGUAUAUAUGCGAUUGUAUUGAAUUGCAAACCUAUGAAUCUUGAUAAGCUGAACGGUGCGAGGAAUCAAUCAAAUCUAGAGAUGUCACCACCAUUGGAAGGACCGGAUGGCGAACAAAAUUCUAAUCGGAGCAGCAGUUACAAUCUGAACUAUGUUGUCAUGGAAAAUAUUUUACGCAAAAAUCUGGACCGAGACUGUGUCAGGAACGAGGUCAAUGAUUUUUCGAUUCAACUGCAACAGCAUCGAAUAGCAUUUACAGCCUGCGAUUUCUUCGAAAUGAACAAUGCUCUGCUCAGUAAUUUCGUCGGAGUGAUUACCACUUAUCUAAUAAUCCUCGUUCAAUUUUAUCGACCUGAAAAUCCAGAUGUGCAAUUCAAUAGAAAAUUCCGCUAA